AUGCGGUACGGUCGCUUAGCUUUCUUGUGGUUCCUCUCUCCACUCUGCAAUGCAUCGAUUCACGAGUCCGUUGCCCAACUACCUAGCGACUAUGUACAGCUAGGUGUUGUACCUGGAGAUGAGCUCCUAUCUUUGAGGAUUCAUCUUACCGACCUGGACAAGCCUUAUCUCAAAGUGGCUCAAGAGGUGUCAGACCCGAAAUCGAAGCAAUAUGGCCAAUAUCUGGGAUCGCAUGAGCUACGAUCCAUCUUGCCCGAUAAAAGCCUCGCUUCAACAAAAGUGACGAGCUGGCUUCAAGACGAGGGCUUAUCCAACUACGUCUUGAGUUCCGACCAUGUUGAUGUUACAGCCGCUAUUGCUGAAUGGAACCGCGUUUUAAACACCACUUUCUAUCGGUUUCAACACAGACCUACCAGCCGUACUGUAGUUCGCACUAUUGAGUACAGUAUUCCAAGCACGCAGCAGGAUACAAUCAGUUAUAUUUACCCCACCAUACACUUUUUUCGACUGGUUGCCAAUAGUCAAAAGCUUGAGAAGAGACAACACAUUCCUACUGGACCCAGCAACUGCACAAACAGCAUUUGUCCAUCUCACCUGCGCACGAAAUACAAUAUCAACUACACGCCCAUCGAUGGCAAGUCAGGUAGCACAAUCGCUAUUGCGGGCUUUUUGAACAAUUUUCCCAACAUCACAGAUGUAAAGGCCUUCUUAACCAAGUAUGACAAGAAGAAUCCAAAGUCUAUCCCUGCCAUCAACGCCGUUUCCGUCAAUAAAGGCACUUUGAAACCGCCAGCAGAUGGGGGCUCACUCACAGUCGAGGCUGAGCUUGACUUGGAUUACUCAAUGGCCUUUACCGGUCCGCUACCUGUCACAUUUUACUCUGUUGGUGGUCAUGCACCCAAGGUCGGCCAAGCCCCCAGUGGGCAUAUCUCACCCGACGACAAUGAGCCAUAUGCCGCUUUUUUUGACUAUGUGCUCAGUUUGAAGAAUCCACCCAAAGUCAUAUCCAUCUCGUAUAAUGAUGACGAAAAGAACGUUCCUGUAGCCUAUGCCCAGCAUGUAUGCGAUCUUUUUGCGAAAGCUGCUGCCCGCGGGAUUUCUAUCAUUGGGUCCUCUGGAGAUGGGGGAGCUUCUGGAGCAGGUGGUGACACGACUUGCCUUGGGGUAUCUGGGAAGAAAAGGCUCUUUGUACCAACGUUUCCGUCAAGCUGCCCUUGGAUGACAUCCGUUGGUGCUACGGCAGAUUAUGGCGGUGUGGCUUCUUUUAGCUCCGGAGGCAUGUCAAAUGUCUUCAAACGUCCUUCCUGGCAAGAUAAGGCUGUUUCUGGUUAUAUACAAUCCUUGAAGGGCAAACACAAAGGCUUUUACAACGUCAGUGGCCGUGCACAACCAGACGUCAGUCUCCUAGGCGAUGAUUACCUGACACUUACUGGGGGUAAUCCCUCCACUCACGACGGCACGAGCGCAUCUGCGCCAGUAUUUGCAGCCAUGGUAGCUCUUAUUAACGACAUGCGCCUUCGGGAAAAGAAACCUGCCUUGGGAUUUUUGAACCCUCUGUUGUAUUCUGCAAAAGCUAGCUCAGCCUUCCGAGAUGUUAAGGACGGAAGCAAUACAAAUGGAUGCGCAGAUGGUAACUUUAUAGAGCCAGGUUGGGAAGCUCUCGCAGGCUGGGACGCGGCUACUGGACUUGGCGAGCCUGAUUUCACGAAACUCGCCGGCAUCCUUAAAGCAUAG